CAAGGCCAUGAUCUAGUAGGACAACGGAAUUCACGUCAGCCCUGAGUCUGGAAAGAUGGUGUCACAGCUUUCGGGCCAGCAGGAUUCUCCUGUGGACCCCUGGGAAGGGGUCAGCGAUGACUCUGGUGACAAUGAUGGUUCGCCUCGCCUCCUGGACAUUGACUACUCGCCUUGCCCAUCAGACAUCAGGUUCAGGAGGCACAAAGCUGCCUGGAUUAACCCCCAGGAUAUGCAUCCUCAGCUGCACGAUUUGCCCCUUCACGUGCCAACAGUAGGGAACAGUGGCAACAACACUGUGAGGGAUGCUACCUCUCCCUUGGGCACUUCACCUUUGUCUCUUGAGAACUCCAUGGUGGAGACAUCGCUGUGGAAGGACAGUGUGGGCAUGGGCAGCUUAAGUGAAAAGAGCAGUGACUUUUCUUUUAACUCAACACAAGAGCAGGCAGUGCUCCCAGGACGUUCUCCUCAGAUGUCUCCAUUCACAAGCUCCAAGGUUUUGGCUGCUUCCUUAUGUUCUGAGGCUGACAGUGCUUGUUUCAAUCCUUCUCACCUGACGGCUUCCACCGGUGAAGGUGCUGUUCAAGUCGAUGGAAGAAGCAUUUCUUUAAAUUCCUUCUCACCAGAAGCAUUUGUGCUUCCUGUUGAUGUAGAAAAGGAAAACGCCCACUUUUAUGCUGCAGAUGUGAUUAUAUCAGCAAUGGAGAAAAUGAAGUGUAACAUCCUGAGUCAACGGCACACAGAGAACUGGAGUGUAGAAGAAGUCAGUGGGUCACUUGGGAAUGAUCAAGGUGACUCUGAAGUGAGCUUUUACACCAACAUAAAGCAAGAAUCUGGGUCUUCCAUUUUCUCAGACAGUGGCUAUGAAGGUUGUGCUGUGUUACAGGUCAGCCCAGUAGUUAAAACACCUACUUACUGUGAUGUGGUGAAAGAGGCCUGCAAAUGUGACUCUGAUAAAUUUGUUAUUGUAGAACUUGGAGAGUUUAGCAAUACCACAGAAACCUGUGGAUCUUCCUGCAGCUCCUCUAAGAGUAUUAUUUAUGAGCCAAACUUUAAUUCUGCUGAGCUAAUAGCCAAAGAAUUGUUUCAAGUAUUCCGUAAGUGCUGGAUGUUGUCAGAAGUUAACUAUCAGCUGGCAGUUUCCGUGAAUGCAGCUGGCCCAAUAGUUGUAAAUGGAGAGUGUGUCCAAAAAGACUUUGAAUCCAGUGUGGAUUUAGGAGAGGAAAUUAAAUUUAAGUCAAGGAUCAGAGAGACAGAAGACUGGACACCCCCUAGAUUUCAAGUCAUAUUUAAUGUUCAUCCACCACUUAAGAGAGAUCUCGUGGUAGCAGCCCAGAAUUUUUUCUGUGCUGGCUGUGGAACUCCAAUAGAACCUAAGUUUGUGAAGCGACUCCGAUAUUGUGAAUACCUGGGCAAGUAUUUCUGCGACUGCUGCCACUCCUAUGCAGAGUCCUGCAUCCCUGCGCGGAUCCUGACGAUGUGGGACUUCAGGAAGUACUACGUCAGCAAUUUCUCCAAAUGGCUGCUGGAUAGUAUAUGGCACCAGCCCAUUUUCAAUUUGCUGAACAUCAGCCACAGCCGAUAUGCGAAGGCCAAGGAGUUGGACAGAGUGAGGGAAAUCCAGGAGCAGCUAUUUCAUAUCAAGAAGCUAUUGAAGACCUGCAGAUUUGCUGAAAGUGCAUUAAAAGAGUUUGAGCAGGUGCCCAGACACUUGACCGACGAGCUCUACCUGUUCUCCCUGGAGGAUCUGGUCAGGGUCAAGAAAGGGCUGCUGGCGCCCUUGCUCAAGGACAUUCUGAAAGCUUCCCUCUCCCACGUGACCAGCUGUGAGCUGUGUCAAGGAAAGGGCUUCAUUUGUGAAUUUUGCCGGAGUACAGCUGUCAUCUUCCCAUUUCAGACUGCAGUGUGUAGAAGAUGUUCAGAGUGCAGAGCUUGCUUUCACAAGCAGUGUUUCCAAUCCUCUGAGUGCCCCCGGUGUGCAAGGAUCACAGCGAGGAGAAGACUUUUGGAAAGUUUGCCCUCUACAGUGACAUGAUGCCCUGGAGUACUGUGAAAAAGACUGUUCAAUAGGCCUUAUGACAACACCAACAUGUGUCUAUUAUUGACAACAUUGUUUUAGAUAUUGAGGAUUGUAUAUUAAGAAGAAAAAUGGUCAAUAUUCUCUUUAUUAUAUCUUUAGUAUUUUUAAAGAAUGCAGAUUCUUGGUCAUUAAGCUAAGGGUUGUUACUGGUGGUUUUGUUUACAAUGUUGAGUGUUUUUGCUGCUACUGUUUAUUUUAAGAGUUUUUUUUUAUACUAAUAUUGUAUUUGAAUAGUUGUAUUUAACUAAUGUUGGAGCUCCUCGUCCUGUAAAGCUGUUUGUGAAAAGGGUUGGUACUUCCAUUGAACAAAAAUACAACCAAAAGUCUUUUCUCAGGCUU